CUUAUGAAGAUGGGGGGGGGGGGGACAAUAUUUUAUUGCCCAGUGGAGGUCGGCCCGGACCGUCCCGGUAUAACUAGCAGUGAGGGGUCGAGAAAGUUGCCGCUGUGUCUUUAAGGGGCCCAUCCGAUCCGUUCCGAUCCGGCGCGAUCCGCUGCUCGGAUGGGGGAAGGGCGCAGCUGCCGCGUCUGAAGCAGCCAGCGAGGCUGCCGUGUGGGGGCUGUCGGCGGGACGCCACGGGAAAACCUCGGGAAUAGACUUCGUUGGCUCCGCGGGGACACGAUGAUUUAGGGCCGGCGGAGAGAAGGAGGAGACCGACACAGCUGGGUUGCUGUAGCGAUGAGCGGGGCCGAGAUUGCGGCCAGACGACGCGCCGCCGCGCUUUGUGUGGAGCCCGCCGCGUUCUGAGAAGGUGUCCUCGUGCAGCGGGGUAAGUCCGCAGUGCCAGUGGUGCCCGGCGGUGGCCAGAGGAGCAGCUCGGCAUGGCCUUCCUCCCGAACGGGCCCGGCGGCGGCGGCGCGGCGGCAGCGGCGGCGCCCUGGGCGGACAGCGACGCGGAGGUGAACCGGCUGUACCGCGACCUGGAGCUCGGCACCGUGCUCACCGUGUACUCCUCCAAGAAGUCCCAGCGGCCCGAGCGGAGGACCUUCCAGGUGAAGCUGGAGACCCGGCAGGUGAUCUGGACCCGGGGCACGGACAAGAUCGAGGGCGAAAUUGACAUCCGGGAAAUCAAGGAGAUCCGGGCAGGACAGAAGUCCAGGGAUUUCGAGCGCUACGUGGAAGACUCUGCGGGUCGGCUGGACCAGGCCCACUGCUUUGUCAUCCUGUAUGGCACCGAAUUCCGUCUCAAAGCCCUCAGUCUUGCAGCGAUGUCGGAUGAGGAGAUGUCCAUGUGGGUGAAGGGCCUCACGUGGCUGGUGGAAGACACGCUCCGGUCCUCCACGCCACUGCAGAUCGAGAGGUGGUUACGGAAGCAGUUUCAUGCUGUUGAUCGCAGCAGAGAAGACAAGAUUUCCUGCAAAGAUCUGAAAAGCAUGCUGGGUCAGGUCAACUACAGAGUCCCCAACAUGAGGUUCCUGCGCGAGAAGUUUCCGGAGGUUGAGUUGCGCAAUGGAGACGUGACCUACAGCCAGUUCGCCCAGCUUUACCGCAGCCUCAUGUUUGAUGCUCAGAAGUUGAUGGAAAUACCCUUCCUGCAAAGAUUUGUAGACAGACCUGACCUCCUUAAGGUCACACUGGAAGACUUCCAGUAUUUUCUCUUGCAAUAUCAGAAUGAGUCAUGGGCCUCAGACAAUGGAGAUGUUCAAAGGUUCAUGUUUGCCUACCUGAAAGAUCCCCUAAGGGAGAUCGAGCAGCCCUCCUUCUACCCGGAUGAGUUUCUCACCUACUUGUUCUCCAAAGAAAACACCAUCUGGGAUGGCAAUCUGGACAAGGUUGUCCCUACGAGCAUGAACAAUCCCCUGUCCCACUACUGGAUUUCCUCUUCCCACAACACUUACCUAACAGGUGACCAGUUUUCCAGCGAGUCUUCCCUGGAGGCGUACUCCCGCUGCUUGCGAAUGGGCUGCCGCUGCAUCGAGUUGGACUGCUGGGAUGGCCCCGAUGGGAUGCCAGUGAUCUACCACGGACACACUCUCACCACCAAGAUCAAAUUCUGUGAUGUGUUGAACACAAUCAAGGAGCAUGCUUUUGUCACCUCAGACUAUCCCAUCAUCCUCUCCAUUGAGGACCAUUGCAGCAUCGUCCAGCAGAGGAUCAUGGCCACGUUCUUCAAGAAGGUCUUUGGGGAUAUGCUGCUGACCAAGGCGGUGGACAUCUCAGCCGAUGGCCUCCCUUCACCCAACCAGCUCAAGAGGAAGAUCCUCAUCAAGCACAAGAAGCUGGCAGAGGGCAGUGCAUAUGAGGAAGUUUCCACAUCCACAGCUUACUCUGAGAAUGACAUCAGCAAUUCCAUAAAGAACGGCAUCCUCUUUUUGGAAGACCCCAUAAACCAUGAGUGGUACCCCCACUUCUUUGUCCUGACAAGCAGCAAGAUCUACUACUCUGAGGAAACCUCUAGCGGUCAGGGAAAUGAAGAUGAGGAGGAACACAGAGAGGUGUCCAAUGGCAUGGACCAACAUGUGACUGAAAAGUGGUUCCACGGGAAGCUGGGUGCGGGGCGGGACGGGAGGCAAAUCGCUGAGCGGCUCCUGUCCGAGUACUGCCUGGAGACGGGUGCCCCCGACGGCUCCUUCCUGGUGCGCGAGAGCGAGACCUUUGUUGGAGACUACACCUUGUCCUUCUGGAGGUCCGGCAGGGUGCAGCACUGCCGCAUCCACUCCCGUCAGGAAGCUGGCAGCCCCAAGUUCUACCUGACAGACAACCUCGUGUUCGACAACCUGUUUGCGCUCAUCACUCACUACCAGCAGGUGGCGCUGCGCUGCAAUGAGUUUGAAAUGAAACUGACAGAACCUGUGCCCCAGACAAAUGCACAUGAAAGCAAGGAGUGGUACCAUGCGAACCUGUCCAGGGGCCAAGCGGAGAACAUGCUGAUGAGAGUCCCUCGAGAUGGAGCCUUCCUCGUGAGGAAGAGAACAGAGCCCAACUCCUUUGCCAUCUCCUUCAGGGCCGAGGGGAAGAUCAAACACUGCCGUGUGCAGCAGGAGGGCCAGACCGUGGUGCUGGGGACGUCGGAGUUCGACAGCCUCGUGGACCUCAUCAGCUACUACGAGAAGCACCCGCUGUACAGGAAGAUGAAGCUGCGUUACCCCAUCAAUGAGGAGACUCUGGAGAAGAUUGGCACAGCGGAGCCUGAUUACGGAUCUUUGUACGAGGGGCGCAAUCCUGGGUUCUACGUGGAAGCCAACCAGAUGCCGACUUUUAAGUGCACUGUGAAAGCCCUAUAUGAAUACAAGGCUCAAAGGGAUGAUGAGCUCUCCUUCAGCAAGAACGCCAUCAUUCAGAACGUGGAGAAGCAGGAAGGAGGCUGGUGGAAGGGGGACUGCGGGGGCAAAAAGCAGUUCUGGUUCCCAGCCAACUACGUGGAGGAGAUCAGCCCCAUGGCUGUGGAGCCGGACAGAUCGACGGCCACAGAAAACAGCCCCCUGGGUGAUCUCCUGAGAGGCAGUGUGGAUGUGUCUUCCUGUCAGAUUGUGGUGAGACCGGAAGGGAAGGGCAGCCGACCGUUCGUCUUCUCCCUGGUUAUGGGUUCGAGUCCACGGCCCAAUCACGUGCUGGACAUUGCUGCCAGCAGCCAGGAUGAGCUCAAGGAAUGGGUCACGAAGAUCCGUGAGGUCGCCAUGACAUCUGAGGCCAAGCUCGAAGAGGGUAAAAUGAUGGAGAGGAGGAAAAGGAUUGCCCUGGAGCUGUCGGACCUCGUCAUCUACUGUCGGCCGGUGCCAUUUGAUGAAGAUAAAAUCGGCACAGAGCGGGCUUGUUACCGGGACAUGUCCUCAUUCCCUGAGACCAAAGCGGAAAAGUACGUCAACAGGAUUAAGGGCAAGAAGUUCCUCCAGUAUAACCGGCUGCAGCUCUCGCGCAUUUACCCUAAGGGCCAGCGGCUGGACUCGUCCAACUAUGACCCGCUGCCCAUGUGGCUGUGCGGCAGCCAGCUGGUGGCGCUCAACUUCCAGACUGCAGACAAGCCCAUGCAGAUGAACCAGGCCCUGUUUAUGCUGAAUGGGCGGAGCGGCUACGUGCUGCAACCUGCCAUCAUGAGAGACGAGAACUUUGACCCGUACGAUAGGAACUCCCUUCGGGGACUGGAAACUAUGACUCUGCACAUAGAGGUGUUGGGGGCGCGUCAUCUGCCCAAGCACGGCCGGGGUAUCGUGUGCCCGCUCAUUGAGAUCGAGGUGUGCGGUGCAGAGUACGACAGCGCCAAGCAGAAGACGGACUCGGAAGCGGACAACGGCCUCAACCCCACGUGGCCAAGGAAACCAUUUCGCUUCACCAUCUGUAACCCGGAGUUUGCUUUCCUGCGGUUCGUUGUGUAUGAAAUCGACAUGUUCAAUGACCAGAACUUCCUGGCACAGGCCACCUUCCCCGUGUGCGGCCUCAAAACAGGCUACAGGUCAGUCCCUCUGAAGAACAGCUACAACGAGGACCUUGAGCUGGCCUCCUUGCUCGUGCACAUGGACAUCAUCCGUGGCAGACAGCAGGAGAAUGGCGAGGUGUCCAGCGCCCUCCUAGGGGCUACAACAGCAGUGACUGGCCACGUGGGCAGGGAGAGGCUAGGAGACGCUGUGUCUCUGUCUCCUGCCACCUCUAUGUCCCCCUUGCCCUUGUCACCCAGCCAGGCCAUGGCCUACCGUGGCCGUGAGGGCUCUCUUGAAGCACGCUACCAGAGUCCGCUGGACGAGUUCCGGGUGUCCCAGGAGGUAUUGCUGGACCACAUGGAUCCUCAGAGCAGGAGGUUACUCCGCAGGGCCAAAGUUGGUGGAGAGAACAGAAUGUAAACGGAGGUCUGGCGACAUCAAGGUUUUUCUGAACUGAUACCACCGGCGGCUUAGAAAACAGUUUCUAUAGAAACAUCACUGCAUCAGUCUACAUUGCAGACGGCCCCUUCUCCACACUCUCCUUGUCACUGUACCCCUCCCUCCCUUCCAAAAAACUGCUGGGGGAAUGGGGAAAACCCAUUGAUCAGAGGAAGAUGAAAAGAACUGCAGCACAUAGGGCCUUAGGACCCCUGUAGAGGACCUUUUUUGUUUUGAAAGACAGGUGUUGCAGACUGCAUGAGAACACCUGGGGUUGUGCUCACAUCAGGUCGAUCCUCUCCGGGUGUGUAUACCCCAGCGUGUGUAUUCAUCUCAGCUCAUUGUCUGUCAGCGAAAUGUGGGAACAGAUGACCUUCUCUACAAGAACUGCCUUUGCCACAUUUGAUUUUUAAUUAUUUUUAAUUUAAACUUUUUUUUUAAACAAUUUUUUAAAGGUAACUUUUUUUAAGUAACUUUACUCGUCGAUGUGUCUGCUACUGAAUAUCGAGCGUUUUUGGCUGGUUCGUGACGCAUACUAGCCCAUGGAUUUCAAGGGGAAACAAACAGGAACCGCAGUGAACCGGCAUCAGGAAGGAGCCUCUGUCUGUUUGUGUUCGAGGCUGUUUGUGCAGGAAGGAGGAAGUGACCUCUUCCAAUCACGCUCCUUUCCCCAUUCAUUUCAUUGUAGACUAACAAUCAGUUUGUUUGAAAUCUGACACCCCUUAGGCCAGAACCCAUGCAAAGCUGAUGUCUUGCUGAAGGAUGUGCGCCUCACCGAGUUGUGUGGGAAGAGGCUGCUCCUCCUUGCCUGUGAUGUCCCUCGUCUUCAUCUCAUUGUUGAAGACUCAUAGCAGCGACGGCGAUUUCAGUACAUUAAACUGAACUGUGAAAAGGGAAUCUAACAACAUGCUAAGCAGAAUAGUUUUGCUCAAGCUGUCAUUUUCUGUGGAACUUAGAGAAGUGAUGUAACCAAUAUUUUAAAAACUUUCAACUAAAGGACCUUUACAGUUCUCUGCUUCAUGUGCUUUCUCUUUUAGUGCUGCUGUUCGCCUUUAUAAAGUUUUCCUUUGUUUAUUUGAUAAGUAGCAGAAGCAUUACUUUCACUCAACUUACAAUUCUGGUUUUACCCAGCUGAUAACCAAAGCCAUUUCAUAGCAUCGUGAUGUCUGUGUGGUUUGAUCAAACUAGCUGGAGUUCUCCACCUUCACCUGUGUCACUAGUUAAGGGGACACAUUUUUAGCUGUGUUAUUUCAGUACAUGCACAGCUGCUUGUGCCUUGGAGACUUAUCUUUUCAACAUUUGUGGCCCUUUAUCACCAUUUUUGGUGAUGUUUUAUCUUCAUGAACGGGCUGUGCCUAGUCCUGUUAUCUGUGAGAUGGUUGACACUAAGAAAUCAGAGUAGCGAUUACUCUCCAUUGUUUCAUUUUCUCUUCGAAAUUGUGGACCAGAUAUAUUGGAAAUCAGAAUUUUUUUUUUAAUUUAAAAAUGUUCUGACUUUUGUCCUUUUUGUAUUUUAAAAAAAAAAAAAAAAAAAGAUGGAGGAUCAGGGCACUGUCAACGCUGCUGGUGAAUGAUCUCCAUGGUCUGCUCUGUGUUGUAACCAUUAUGGGUACUGAGGUGGUCCAUACAGUGGAAUAGAACUAGCCAUUGGACAUCAUAUCACAUUUAUUUAUGAGGACGGGUUUUUUUUCUUUUCUUUUUCUUCUUCUUAAAGCAACAAAAAAAUCUAAGCUGGUGGGCCAAGCCCCCUACACCUUUGGUUCCUGUCUAAAAACACAUAGCUCUCAUGUUACAGAAGUUACAGGGAAAAUGUUAACUUACCGCUGCAAUAGUUUAAACUUUAAAAUGUGAUCGAGGCUAACAAGACAGUGCGUUGGUGUGUUGCUCCAUAAGUACAGCUGUGGAAUGACUACACUGGCAGCAGAACUCUGGAAAAAAAAA